AUGAGCAACACAACAGCCCCGGAGCGCCACAAGUGCUUCUGCGGGAAGAGCUUCCUGCGCAAGGAGCACCUCCGGCGUCACCAGGCCACCCAUGGCGAGCGAGCCUAUGUCUGCGAUGUCUGCCAGCGAUCCUUUACCCGCAAUUGGAACUCGGGUACAUCCCACUCUACCCAGUCCGUCCCGGGACAGGAGCCGAUCUCUCCUUUACUCCACACCCACGAUCCUGGCGCUCUGACAGCCCGGUGGGAGCACAUGAGUGACCUCCUCCGCCGGCACGUGGCUCUCCACGAGUCUGCCACCGUUCCGGACCCGCGCCGAAGUCGCGCCUGCGAUGCCUGCCAUGCAAACAAGACCAAGUGCGAUGGCGGGGAUACCUGCACUCUCUGCUCCAAGAGAGGCAUCGCCUGCACCUACUCGAGGGGCAGAGAAUCCGAGAAGUUGCCGGCCAGUGAAGCGCAGAACGGCCAGAAGAAUGAUGGACAAGUGAAUGGUGGAGGAGCGGGUGUCACUAUUCCCGACACCACGCGCCUCCACCAUCACCAGUCUCCUCCUUUUGAGACGUCGACUGUGUUGGACAUGGGCUCGCAGUUCCCGCUACCGACAGUCGUCAACGCAGUUCCUCCCUCUGGCACACUCUCUGCGGCACCGCAGAUUCGAUCCAGCCCUCGAAGUCCAGAGCGGACCAACGCGGUCCGUGCUGGCAUGCGUUCAUUGACUGACGCUGUAGCAUCACUCGACGUGCUCGGAAACUCGGUGGUCGCUUACCAGGAGACCCUCGAAGAGAACAGCUGGUGUAACUCAUGUCUCGAGUCAUUCUUUGAGUCGUUCCACGAACGGUGGCCGAUCGUGCACGCUCCGACAUUUGACCCUAGCACGGACUCGUUGGCUGCAUCCGCAUCUACUCUGAUGAUAGGCUCGUGGUAUGAAAAUGACGAGAUAACCAGACUGUUAGCUGUCGAACUCCACGGCAUACUGGUAGGCCAUAUGCUGCGGGAAGUGAUGGAAACUACUUCGAGCAUAUUGAACGGCAGGCCCUGGCCCACAGAGACAUGGAAAGCGGCGUUGCUCAAUGUGAUUUUCGCUUGUGAGACCGGUAAACCAGAGCUCAUCUCCAAAGCCCGGCUCCUGCACAGCCUCCUCGUCACCGUCCUCAGAGACAACGGCGUCUUCAGCGCAGAAGCAAUCGAGCGCCAACAGAACACACACUAUCCGGGGACAUUCACGCCGUGGGUCCACUCCGGCCUGCAGCGCUGGAGGAGAGUCGUGGUCUCUAUCUUCAAGAUCGACGCCCACCUCAGCCUGCUCACCGGCCUCCCGCCGCUGAUCCAGUGCGAGGAGCUCGACCUGCCCCUGACCUCUACAUUCGCCAUGUGGAACGCCCACGGCCUCGACGUGUUCCCGAGGCGGUUCCGCGUCGAGCCGCACGAGCGCGGCAGCCGGCGCAUGUGCGACCUGCUGACCUUCAGCAGCAACACUACGCCCGCUGUCGCAGGGCCCAACGGCGAGGCCAGCCUCGUCCUGCUCGAGGACGUCGAGGCCGGCUUGUUAGGCAGCGUGCACUUGACCUGGCAACACGCGCAGUGGCGACGCAGGCGAUUCGCGUCCGAGCCGUCGUCGUGCGACAUCGAGCACCAGAAGCUCCUCGACCAGAUGCUGAGCUUCUGGGAGGUGCAGCUCGACACGAUCCGCACGACGAGCGACCCGGCGCUCCUGGAGGCGUACAUGCGCGCCUACGCCGGCAGGGAAGAAGAAGACAAACCCGAGGACCGAGACGGGAUCCUCGCCCGCCUGCGGUCGUACAUCCUCCACGCCGCCCUGCUGUACCACCUCGUCGCCCUGCACGCCCACGCCGACGCCGAGACGCUCCUCCUCGUCUUGACAUCCGACGAACCGCCUCCGUCCUCGACGCCGUCGUCUUCGUCGCACGCGCGCCGCAGGGAGGCCCAGGUCUGGCAGUGGGCCAACUCGCCCGACGGCCGGACCGCCGUGCUGCACGCGCUGCACGCGCUGCGCAGCUACCGCGAGCUCCUGGCCGGCGUCGGCCCCCGCCGCGCCGUCGACCCCCUGGCGCACCUGGCGCUCAGCGUGUCGGCCGCCGUGGUCUGGGUGUGGCUCGUGGCGGGCGGGCAGGCGUGCCCGUGCGCGCAGGGCAUCACGGGGCUGGACCUCGGCCGGCUCGCGAGCGGCUCCGCGCAGGCUGUCGGGUGGACCGGGGUCGGCGGGACGGCGAACGUGGACGGGAGGCCGCUGUGCGGGUGCGACGCUUGCGCGGCGGGCUGGAUGGGCGUGUUCGCUGCGGCGCUGGGGGAGGAGGGCAGGCGGUGGGAGGCGGUGAGGGGGAUCUGGGAGGCGUUGAGGGCCAAGGCCGGGGUGCAGUUUGGGGUGGGUGUGCUGUGA